GUGACCGUAAGGUCCGCGAACAUGGCGGCCACCGUUGACAAUUCAGAGAGCUCUGUGAGGAAAAGACGUGUGGUUAGCAGUAAAACAGACACACAGCGUGCUGACAGCGGUGAAGAACAUGGAGCAGAAACCAGUGAAGACACUGGGAAGGAGAAGAGACUGGAGUCGUUACAGACUGGGACUUACUGGCUCACUCGUAUCGUGCUGCUGCGCUCCGUCGCCUUUAUUUACUUUGUGGCGUUCAGCGUUGCUUACAACCAGAACAAGCAGCUGAUAGGCGAGCGCGGCCUUAUGCCCUGCAAGAACUACCUCAACAGUGUGAAGCGCUAUGUAGGGGGAAAGAUAGGCCUGGCUGCCUUUGCGUACACACCCUCCAUCCUGUGGCUGUUAGACUGGAGCAACAUGGACGCCAACCUGGACGGCAUCGCCCUGGUGGGAAUGGCACUGUCUGCGUUUGUCCUAGUAAUGGGAAUGGCUAAUAUGGUGAUCAUGGUUACACUGUGGGUGCUUUACCACUCCCUGGUCAACGUGGGACAGCUGUGGUACUCCUUUGGUUGGGAGAGUCAGCUGUUGGAGACAGGAUUUCUGGCCAUUUUCCUGUGUCCGGUGUGGACUCUGUCCCAGGUCCCCCGCCGCUGUCCCCCCUCCCUCGUCAGCAUCUGGACCUUCAGAUGGCUCAUUGUUCGCAUCAUGCUCGGAGCUGGUCUUAUUAAAAUCAGAGGCGACAAAUGCUGGAGAGACCUCACCUGCAUGGACUACCACUACGAGACCCAGCCAGUUCCUAACCCCAUGUCCUACUACAUGCAUCGAGCCCCAUGGUGGUUCCAUCGCUUUGAAACGUUGUCAAACCACCUCAUCGAGCUCAUCUUCCCAUUCUUUACCUUCUUGGGUAGGCGGAUGUGCAUGGUCAACGGCGCAAUCCAGAUCCUGUUCCAGGUGGUUCUGAUAGUAAGUGGGAACCUCAGCUUCCUUAACUGGCUGACCAUUGUUCCCAGUCUGGCCUGUUUUGACGACGCAUCGCUGGGCUUCUUGUUUCGCUCUCGAGGUGGAGCCAAGAAGGCAGUGCUGGAGAUACAGAAUGAGGAUGCAGCUGGACGCACCCCCAAACCCACCAAAGGUAUGUUGAUACGUCGGGUGGUGAACAUUUCUUUGGGCAUUCUGAUUGGCUACCUGAGCAUUCCCGUGGUGAUGAACCUGUUCAGUUCCAGGCAGGUGAUGAACACGUCCUUCGACCCGCUGCGUAUCGUCAACACCUACGGGGCCUUUGGCAGCAUUACAAAGGAGCGUACCGAGGUGAUUUUCCAAGGCACUCUCAGCCAGGAUCCCAAGGACCCUGAGGCAGUUUGGGAGGAGUACCAGUUCCUGUGUAAGCCAGGGGACAUUUACAGACGACCAUGCCUCAUAUCACCGUACCACUACCGGCUGGACUGGCUCAUGUGGUUUGCUGCCUUCCAGACCUACGAGCAGAGUGAGUGGGUGAUCCACAUAGCGGGACGCCUGCUGUCCAAUGACAGCACUGUCCUCUCCCUGCUUGACCACAACCCCUUCCAAGGCCGAGAAACUCCCAGGUGGGUUCGAGGGGAACAUUUCAGAUACAAGUUCAGCCAGCCGGGCAGCAGCAGCGCAGCUCAGGGGAAGUGGUGGCUGAGAAGACGCAUCGGAGCCUACUUCCCUCCCCUGGACCUGGAAGGACUCAGGGGCUACUUCCAAUCCAGGAACUGGCCCCACCCGCACAUACCAACAAACAGGAGCUAAAGCCAUGACCUCUGACUACUAGAGGAGAACGGAGGACUUCAGGGGUUGAGGUUGAAAAAAGGGAAGGUCAAAGUCAGUUUCAGUGAAGCUGCUGGAGUUGGACCAAAGGUGCCAUCAGGUUUCUACAGAUUGCAAAGAACUGCUUGAUAAAACCUGAAAUCAAACAUCCAAACAAUGUGAUGUUUUUCAAGGUUUCAUUUGCGAACACGUCUGUGUGUCACAAGUAAUUACUGCCCCUUGUACAUCUGACAUUUGAACAUUAAAUGGUUUUGAAUUUA